UUUGUUAUUUUGAUGUGGGGUUAUUUUAACAGUGUAGUUCCUUGAUUACAGCUAGUAGUAUGCCGGUUCCCAUCGUUCCACUGACAGAGGAAAAUGAAACAGCAAUGGAAGAUGAAUAUUUUCUGUCUUUCCUAAAGAAGAUUGGUAUCUGUCCUCCGUCCAGUGAGCAGGAGGUGUUCUGGCGUAUCCCAGGUGAAUGGAGUCCUGCCCAGUUGAGACAGCUUGUGGAAGGGCUGACACUUGAUGAACAGGGGGUCCCAAGUCAGGCUCAUACCAUCAAAAUCCACAAGCCUCCCGCGCCCAAACCCAGCAAGGCCAAGGUCAAGGAAGUGAAGAAGAAGAAGGAUGACAAGAAAACAUCAGACAGGAUGGAGAGGUUGAAAGCUAUGGCUAAACAACGACAGCAAAAUAAGGGCAAGAAGCCCAGGAGAGAUCGAACAAGGUAUUAUAUAAACAGGAUAAUAGAACUAACGCCAAUCCAAAAGUUAGUGGUUAUUUUGUGGAGUGCUGUGCUUGAGCAUGGAUACCCGAGAUACACAGGGGGAUAG